UCAGUGAGCGAUGACCAGUUCUGUGAUUUUUCACGCUGUUCGAUAAAGUUUCACACAACCCUGGCAGAUCCCCCCAGGGGACAACCUUUGGGGCGGGGGGGGGGGGUUGAUUUCAGGAAAGGUUAAAGAGAAACCGCGGAAAUUGUUCCACUCUCCGUGCCGUCCCUCUCCCUCCGGUUGGAUUUGUCUUAUUUUCUGUUUAGUCGCUAAGUCCCCCCCAUGCAUUCUGUCCUUGCGGACGGCAGAUCGCCCCCCCCCCCCCCCGGGGCUGAGGGCGCCUCCACCUCAAGCCGCAAUCCCUCACGUUACUCCCUCCGCCGCCAGCAGCACGGUUUAUCCCUCCGCCGUCUCUUCGAGCUCCGUCCCCUUACAGCCAACCUCGGGUGAUCCGUGGCGGGGUGCAGCGGGCCGCUGGCUACAAGGUGACUGCAGAACCUCGCCCAGGGACUCGCUCUCCGUGCCCAGCUCUGGCCAAGUGUGGGAUGCGGGCUGGUGGAGCGGAUUAUUUUGUUGGAUGGAGUGAGGUGACGCUAGCGUUGUCCCCGCCUCCCCCUAGCCCAGCCCAGCCCGGCUCGGCCCUCCACUCUCAUCCCCUCCCCUCCAGCCUGUGUCAGCGCCCAGUCAAUCAGUGCCUCAGCUUUUGCUUCACGGUGCGGGUUCUUCCACCCCGAGCUCUCGCUCCCGCAGCUUCACAUUACUCGCUUCUCCUCUCUGGGCAAAGAAACCAUCCAAGUGACAACAGAUCAGUUUCUGCUUGAACCUACAGACAACAAUUCCUGCAAAAUAGUGUCUUAACUUGCUAUCAGAGAACUUCUUGUGAAAGGCAGCUCAUGUAGAGAGGCAGCUAGGACAGCAGGAUGACGGCAAUAGCAACAGACUACGACAACAUUGACAUUCAGCAGCAGUACAGUGAUGUCAACAAUCGCUGGGAUGUAGAAGAAUGGGAUAAUGAAAACAGCUCUGCUCGGCUGUUUGAAAGAUCCCGUAUUAAGGCCUUAGCAGACGAACGUGAAGCUGUUCAAAAGAAGACUUUCACAAAAUGGGUGAAUUCACACCUGGCACGAGUGUCCUGCAGAAUCACAGAUUUGUACACAGACCUGCGUGAUGGCCGAAUGCUGAUCAAACUGCUUGAGGUCUUGUCGGGAGAAAGACUUCCUAAACCAACAAAAGGACGAAUGAGAAUCCAUUGUCUUGAAAAUGUUGACAAAGCCCUUCAAUUCCUUAAAGAGCAAAGAGUACAUUUGGAAAACAUGGGAUCUCAUGAUAUUGUGGAUGGAAACCACCGACUAACUCUUGGUCUGAUCUGGACCAUCAUUCUCCGAUUCCAGAUCCAAGAUAUCAGUGUUGAAUCAGAAGAUAAUAAGGAAAAGAAAUCUGCAAAAGAUGCCUUGCUGUUGUGGUGCCAGAUGAAAACUGCUGGCUACCCCAAUGUCAACAUUCACAACUUCACCACCAGCUGGAGGGAUGGCAUGGCUUUCAAUGCUGUUAUCCACAAGCACAGGCCGGAUCUGAUUGAUUUCGACAAACUUAAGAAGUCUAAUGCUCACUACAAUCUCCAGAAUGCUUUCAACCUCGCAGAGCAACACCUUGGGCUUACCAAGCUGCUGGACCCUGAAGAUGUCAGCGUUGACCAUCCUGAUGAGAAGUCGAUCAUUACUUACGUGGUGACGUACUACCAUUACUUCUCAAAGAUGAAGGCCCUGGCUGUGGAAGGAAAACGUAUUGGGAAGGUUCUUGACUAUGCAAUCGAGACUGAGAAAAUGAUUGAAAAAUAUGAGUCCUUGGCUUCUGACCUGCUGGAGUGGAUUGAACAGACUAUCAUCAUCCUGAACAAUCGUAAAUUUGCCAAUUCACUGGUUGGCGUUCAGCAGCAGCUUCAAGCAUUUAAUACAUAUCGCACUGUUGAAAAACCUUCAAAGUUUACAGAAAAGGGAAACCUGGAAGUUUUGCUUUUUACCAUUCAAAGCAAAAUGAGAGCAAACAAUCAGAAAGUCUACAUGCCACGAGAAGGCAAGCUCAUCUCAGAUAUCAACAAGGCCUGGGAAAGACUGGAAAAAGCUGAACAUGAGCGAGAACUGGCAUUAAGGACUGAGCUGAUCAGACAAGAAAAGCUGGAACAACUGGCACGCCGAUUCGAUCGUAAAGCUGCUAUGAGGGAGACUUGGCUAAGUGAAAAUCAGCGCCUUGUUUCCCAGGACAAUUUUGGUUUUGAUCUCCCAGCUGUGGAGGCUGCUACUAAGAAGCAUGAAGCUAUUGAGACAGAUAUUGCUGCAUAUGAAGAGCGAGUGCAGGCAGUGGUGGCCGUGGCCAAGGAACUUGAAGCAGAGAACUACCAUGAUAUCAAACGGAUCACAGCAAGGAAAGAAAAUGUCUACAGACUAUGGGAAUACCUACUGGAAUUACUGCGAGCCCGUCGUCAUCGCUUAGAAAUGAAUCUCAACUUACAAAAAAUUUUCCAGGAAAUGCUGUAUAUUAUGGACUGGAUGGACGAAAUGAAGGUGCUGUUGCUGUCUCAAGAUUAUGGGAAACAUCUACUUGGUGUGGAAGAUCUCCUGCAGAAACAUGCACUAGUUGAAGCUGACAUUGCUAUUCAGGCUGACAGAGUAAAAGGUGUCAAUUCUUCUGCUCAGAAAUUUGCAUCUGAAGGAGAAGGUUACAAGCCAUGUGACCCACAGGUCAUUCGUGAUCGUGUAACUCACUUGGAGUUCUGUUACCAAGAGCUUUGUCAACUGGCUGCUGAACGAAGAGCUCGUUUGGAAGAGUCCCGACGCCUCUGGAAGUUCUUCUGGGAGAUGGCAGAGGAAGAAGGCUGGAUCCGUGAAAAAGAACAGAUACUCUCAGCAGCUGACUACGGCAAGGAUCUGACCAGUGUGAUCCGUCUUCUUAGUAAGCACAAGGCAUUUGAGGAUGAAAUGAGUGGACGUCGUGGACCUCUUCAACAAACAAUAAAAGAAGGUGAUGCAAUGAUAGCUGAGGAACACUUUGGAUCAGAGAAGAUUAAGGAACGAAUUAAGGACAUUCAGGAUCAGUGGGCCCACCUUGAGCAGCUGUCUGCAAUUCAGAAAAAGCGAUUGGAGGAAGCUGCAAAUGUUCACCAGUUUAAGGCUGAUGGUGAUGAUAUUGAUGUAUGGAUGUUGGAUAUUCUGCGAAUCGUUUCCAGUAAUGAUGUUGGCCAUGAUGAAUACUCCACUCAAGCCCUAGUAAAGAAACACAAAGAUGUUGGUGAGGAGGUUGCUAGCUACAGACAAAUCAUUGAUUCACUACAUGAACAGGGACGAAGUUUGCCUGAUGAGUACUAUAAGUCACCAGAAGUAGAAGGUAGAUUGGCUGAUAUUGAGGAACGUUACAAGGAGUUAGCUGAACUGGCACGUCUUCGUAAACAAGCCCUUCAGGAUGCACUAUCGCAGUACAAGAUGUUCAGUGAAGCAGAUGCUUGUGAACUGUGGAUUGAUGAGAAGGAGCAAUGGCUAAACAACAUGGAGAUUCCAGAAAAACUUGAAGACCUAGAAGUUAUCCAACACAGGUUUGAAAGUCUGGAGCCAGAGAUGAAUAACCAGGCUUCUCGUAUAGCAGUGGUGAACCAGAUAGCUCGUCAAUUGAUCCACAGUGGUCAUCCUAGUGAAAAGGAGAUCAAAGCACAGCAAGAUAAGCUAAAUACCAGGUGGAGUCAAUUCCGUCAACUAGUGGACCAAAAGAAAGAUGCACUCAAUUCUGCACUCAGCAUUCAGAACUACCACUUGGAAUGCAAUGAAACGAAAUCCUGGAUUAGGGAAAAGACCAAAGUCAUUGAGUCCACGCAAGAUCUGGGCAAUGAUCUUGCUGGUGUCAUGGCCCUCCAAAGGAAAUUAACUGGAAUGGAACGUGAUUUAACAGCAAUUGAAGCUAAACUAGAGGACCUGCAGAAAGAAGCUGAAAGACUAGCUGCUGAACAUCCUGACCAGGCACAAGCUAUUAUGAGCCGUCUUGCAGAAAUCAGUGAUGUCUGGGAAGAGAUGAAAUGUACUCUAAAGAAUCGAGAAGAAUCACUUGGUGAAGACAAGCUUCAGCAAUUCUGCGUGAAUUUGGAUGACUUCCAGUCCUGGCUAUCAAGAACCCAAACUGCUAUUGCUUCUGAAGACAUGCCUAACACCUUGGCAGAAGGAGAAAAGCUGCUCACUCAGCAUGAAAACAUCAAGAAUGAAAUAAAUAAUUAUGAGGAAGACUACCAGAAAAUGCGAGACAUGGGUGAAAUGGUAACACAGGGACAAACAGAUGCACAAUAUAUGUUCUUACGCCAGCGCCUGCAGGCUUUGGACACUGGAUGGAAUGAACUGCACAAGAUGUGGGAGAACAGACAAAAUCACCUGUCCCAAUCUCAUUCGUACCAAUUGUUCUUAAACACAAAGCAAGCAGAAGGAUUCCUAAACAACCAGGAAUAUGUGUUGGCACACACUGAAAUGCCCACAACAUUAGAAGCUGCAGAAGCUGCCAUUAAGAAACAGGAAGACUUCAUGACUACAAUGGAUGCUAAUGAAGAUAAGAUCAAUGGAGUGGUGGAGACGGGCAGGCGACUAGUCAGUGAUGGGAAUAUUUAUUCUGACAAAAUUCAAGAAAAAGUUGACUCUAUUGAUGAAAGACACAAGAAGAACCGUGAGGGUGCCAGUGAACUUCUAAUGCGUCUGAAGGACAAUAGAGAUCUACAGAAAUUUCUUCAAGACUGCCAGGAACUGUCCCUUUGGAUCAGUGAGAAAAUGCUUACUGCCCAGGACAUGUCCUAUGAUGAAGCCAGGAAUUUGCACAGCAAAUGGCAAAAGCAUCAAGCUUUUAUGGCAGAGCUUGCAUCAAAUAAAGAAUGGCUGGAUAAAAUUGAUAAAGAAGGAAUGCAGCUGAUUGCAGAAAAGCCAGAGACUGAAGUGGUUGUGAAAGAGAAGCUCACAGCUCUGCACCAUCUGUGGGAAGAAUUAGAAUCUACAACACAGGCCAAAGCUCAGCGUCUGUUUGAUGCCAAUAAAGCAGAACUUUUUACACAGAGCUGCGCUGAUUUAGACAAAUGGCUGCACAACCUGGAAGGGCAGCUCCAGUCUGAUGAUUAUGGCAAGGAUCUUACCAGUGUCUCUAUCCUGCUCAAAAACAACAGGUAUAUUACCAUUAUAUUGUUACUUUUUGCAAGGGAGCAUGGAUCAGAUGAGCUGAACUUUCAAUGUCUUUUUCUUCUUUGUAAGUCUACCAUUUCAAUCUCCACACAGAUGUUGGAAAAUCAAAUGGAAGUGCGAAAGAAAGAAGUGGACGAAUUGAAGUGCCAGGCUAAGAUUUUGAGCCAAGAAGGUAAAGAUACUGACGAGGUGGACAGCAAGCGCACCAUUGUUGAGAAAAGGUUUUUGCAGUUAUUGGAACCACUGCACGAAAGGAAAAAAUACUUGUUGGCAUCUAAAGAAAUUCAUCAAUUCAAUAGAGAUCUGGAAGAUGAGAUUUUGUGGGCUGAAGAACGUAUGCCUCUUGCAACAUCCACUGAUCACGGCCACAACCUCCAGACUGUGCAAAUGCUGAUUAAGAAAAACCAGACUCUUCAAAAAGAAAUUCAAGGCCAUAAACCUCGGAUUGAUGAUAUAUUUGAGAGAAGCCAAAGUAUGGUAACUGCUGACACCCCAAGUGCUGACGCUAUUCAGCAGAGAUUAUCAGAUUUACGGGAACUUUGGAAAUUAUUGUCAGAAGAAACGGAGAAGCGGCACAAACGCUUGGUGGAGUCACACAAAGCCCAGCAGUACUAUUUUGAUGCUGCAGAGGCUGAAGCUUGGAUGAGUGAACAGGAAUUGUACAUGAUGUCGGAAGAGAAAGCGAAGGAUGAGCAGAGUGCAGUGAUGAUGUUGAAAAAACAUCAGAUUUUGGAGCUGGCAGUGGAAGAUUAUGCUGAGACUGUUCAUCAACUCUCAAAGACAAGCAGAGCUCUGGUGGCAGAUGGGCACCCAGAGAGUGAACGGAUCAGCAUGCGCCAGUCUCAGGUGGACAAGCUUUAUGCUGGGUUGAAAGACUUGGCUGAGGAGAGAAGAGGGAAACUAGAUGAGAGGUACCGCCUUUUCCAACUGAACAGGGAGGUGGAUGACCUGGAGCAGUGGAUCGCUGAACGUGAGGUGGUUGCUGGAUCACAUGAGCUUGGACAGGACUAUGAGCAUGUUACGAUGCUACAAGAGAGAUUUCGUGAAUUUGCACGUGAUACUGGUAAUAUUGGUCAGGAGCGUGUCGACAGUGUGAACCAUAUGGCAGAUGAGCUGAUCAAUUCUGGACAUUCUGAUGCUGCCACAAUUGCUGAAUGGAAAGAUGGACUCAAUGAGGCUUGGGCAGAUCUCCUUGAGCUUAUUGACACCAGAACGCAAAUCCUGGCAGCUUCCUACGAACUGCACAAAUUUUACCAUGAUGCUAAGGAAAUCCUGGGGCGAAUUCAAGACAAGCACAAGAAGCUCCCAGAGGAACUUGGACGAGAUCAGAACACUGUGGAAGCAUUGCAGAGAAUGCAUACAACAUUUGAACAUGACAUUCAGGCUCUUGGUACCCAGGUAAGACAGCUGCAGGAGGACGCUGCCCGCCUCCAAGCUGCUUAUGCUGGUGACAAGGCUGAUGACAUUCAGAAACGUGAAACAGAAGUUUUGGAGGCAUGGAAAACACUUCUCGAUGCAUGUGAAGCUCGGAGGGCAAAGCUUUUUGACACUGGUGACAAGUUCCGCUUCUUUAGCAUGGUGCGUGAUCUAAUGCUUUGGAUGGAAGAUGUUAUUCGGCAAAUUGAAACCCAGGAAAAACCAAGAGAUGUUUCAUCAGUGGAAUUACUAAUGAACAACCACCAAGGCAUCAAGGCUGAAAUUGAUGCUCGAAAUGACAGUUUUACAACAUGCAUUGAGCUUGGCAAGUCUCUCCUGGCAAGAAAGCAUUAUGCAUCAGAAGAGAUUAAAGAAAAGUUGUUACAGCUAACAGAUAAGAGGAAAGAAAUGAUAGACAAGUGGGAGGACAGAUGGGAGUGGCUCAGAUUAGUUUUGGAAGUACAUCAGUUUGCCAGAGAUGCAGGUGUGGCAGAAGCCUGGCUUCUAGGCCAAGAGCCAUACUUGUCUAGUCGAGAAUUGGGUCAGAGUGUGGAUGAGGUGGAGAAACUGAUUAAGAGGCAUGAGGCAUUUGAGAAAUCAGCAGCUACGUGGGAUGAAAGAUUUUCAGCAUUGGAGAGACUGACGACACUGGAAUUGCUUGAAGUACGUAGAAAGCAGGAAGAAGAGGAGAGGAAGAGACAACCAUCACCACAACCAACCCCGCAGGCCUCUGAUGAGUCUGAAUCACCACAACAGUGGGAUGGGACUAGAGAAGGAGAACACAUCUCUCACAAUGGUUUACCAUCAGACCAGGAGUCUCCACGGAUAUCUGAUACAAUUGAAGCAAGUGAGAUGGUGAACGGUACCAAUGAACAGAGAACCAGUUCCAAAGAGCCGAGUCCGACAGCUUCACCAACUUCAGAUCGUAAAACCAAGACCUCGCCUUUGCAGUCUCAAUCUGCUACUUUACCUGUGAAGUCACAAGAAACUCCCUCAGCACAGAUGGAAGGCUUCUUGCAUCGCAAACAUGAAUGGGAAGCACACAAUAAGAAAGCAUCAAGCAGAUCUUGGCACCACGUGUAUUGCAUUAUAAACAACCAGGAGAUGGGUUUUUAUAAAGAUGCAAAGAAUGCCAGUUCAGGGAUCACAUAUCAUGGUGAGGUUCCAAUUAGCCUAAAGGAAGCACUAUGUGAGGUAGCUGUUGACUACAAGAAGAAGAAGCAUGUUUUUAAACUCAAGUUGAGCGAUGGCAAUGAAUAUCUCUUCCAAGCCAAAGAUGAUGAGGAGAUGAACAGCUGGAUUCAAGCUAUCACUUCUGCUGUGUUCACUGACAAGAGCGAGGCACCCCCAAGUACCCAGAGUACUCCGGCAGCUAGCCGUGCCCAGACCCUGCCAGCAAGUGUGGUGUUAACUGGUGAAUCCAGUCCUGGCAGACGGGAGAAAGACAAAGAGAAGGACAAAGAGAAGAGGUUCAGUCUGUUUGGCAAGAAGAAGUAGAGCAACUCAAUAGCCUGCAUUUCAUGUACUUCCAACAAAACUCCAGCAUGAGCAUUUAGAACCAGUACAUUAUACUCUGUGCCUAAUGUCCUCAAGCCAGUUACUUUGAAUUUACCAAGAGUAUCAGAUCAGAGUUGCUAAUCUUUAGAAUGUGGGGUACAUUGGGCAGUUUUCAUUUAAAAACAAAAGGACCAGUUGUUGAUGAUUUAUAUGUAGUUUAGGGUCCAAGCAUCUAAAUCUCUCCUCAAUUUUGUGAGGCUGUCUUGGAAGUAAAACAAUCUACGUCCAUGUGCUACUGGAAUGCAAGGCAGCAGUGCUUUUCAAAACUUUUCUUGUGCACAUGGAAUGUGUAUUUAAAAAGAUCCAAAAUACUUGUCCAAUUCCAUUUACUAAAGUUGCUAUGCUGAGUCUUGACUAGUAGAAACUUCCAUUCCCAUUUAUUUAAAACAAAUAUUGUAUCAUCUUUGCUAUAACAAAAGGCAAACAUGCAUUAAUUUGCAUUUUAAUUCAAAAAAAAUCAAGUUAGCCUGGCAGCAGAUAUUAACAAAAACUGCUGGGUCUUGUGCAGCAAGCGUGAUUAAAGAAUGUUGGUAUAUAAGAAUGAAUUAGUAUACUGAUUCACUUUUAAAUAAGCUGUAAUUUUAACAAUAUUUCUUUUUGUUGCUCAGUUGCAUUAUACUGUAUGUUUCAAAUAAUUCUAGUGCAAAUAUAAAACUUUAGAUGUAUAUUAAAACCUUUCCAGGCAUUGGUGUUAAGUGUUGAAGUGGGGAUUCAUUCUUUGGAAAAGUAAUGUUACUGAAAUGGUUAUUUGCUUGUUGGCUAAAGCACUGCGUGUUAUAAUUUUGCUACAUUACCUUACUAUUUGAUACAUAGUGUGUAUUUCUGUCCCUGUAACUAUUGUAAUGAAAAUUUCAUCUUACUGCACAAUCAGGAUACGUAAUAGGAAUGAUUCCUUGCAAAGACUGGGCCUGUAGUCAUGUAGUACAACAGGUUUUCAGUUGUAUGGGACUGCACCUGUAGACUCUUACCCUAUCCAUUAAAAAUGUGCGAUGUCAUUAAAUGCUUUUAAAACUUAUUGUGCCAUGGGUAUUCUUGUAUAAGUUUCAAUAAACCUUUUGUUUGAGCUAAA